AAGCGGAAGAAAAAUUGAGAACAAAAGAGAUCCGGAAAAAAAAGAAAGGAAAAAAGACAGUGCCACCGACGCGAACGCGUCUCACACGCGACAUAUUUUUGAGACAUGUUCUUCGCGGCAUCGCCCCCACAACCUGUGCCCUUCGACCGCCUCUACCUUAUCCUGUAGCCGCAGCCAUGCCUCGAGGUAGACCUUCAUCCAAGGUUGCUUUGCAAGACUUCCCCUACGACACCAUCGAAAAGAUUGUCGCACAUUCCCUAGAUCCCGAUACGGCACUCGUGACUCCCACCGUCCUUGUCAAAGGCGCACGCAAAGAUAUCUCCGAAUGGGAUGUCCAGGAACACCGACCGACUCUUCUCUACGAUUACUGGGCGAGCUUCAAGGGUAGAACUCGACAAGAGGUUCUCGGUAUCGGAGAGCUGUAUCAUCCUUUCCGGUUUCGGCGACACCGUCGCGUCCGCGGCCAAUGGCAGGUGCUUGUCCAGUGGCUAGGAUACUCGGACGAAGGAGAGGAUGUGUCCUGGGAGCCGGCCGUUAAGAUGCGCAUCGACGCGCCUGGUGUUAUGACCGACUACUGCGGAUACGUGGAUGACGAGAGUGCGAAGGCGGCUCUCUUGGGCCUGAUGGCCCGAGCAGAAAACAACGAGGACGUUGAACUGGAGAAGGAGGAUGUCAAGGCCUCUAUCGGGACUCCCGCGCCUUCCAAGCAAGCAACGAAGCGCAAGAGAGAGAGUCUGGCCGAGCAGCCCGAACCUGUCAGCGAUAGGCGCCGGCCGUCCUCUAGGUAUGACUUGACACCUGCAACCAAGUCGCCCCCUCCCAUAUUGUCUUCUUCGAAGCGGAGACAAUCACAGGCUCCUCCCGACGCCUCGAUCCCACCCCAGACGACGCCGAAAUCCUCCCUCUCUACCAAACGACAAUCGAAGCUUCCCGUGGGAACCGUUGCGAAUGGUGUCUCCUCACCUGUUCAGUCACAGCCUCAGUCAAGACGGAAAAGCACGCGAGCAGCCUCUGUGGCAGUCCCGAGCGCCACAGCAUCACAGCGUCUUAACCCUGCGGAUGUCCCGCGGACGAUGCUGUGGUUCAUGGACGACUUCACUGUCGGCGACAUGCAAAAGGUUUGCCGCUUCAUUGACGAGCACUGCACUGGGAAACUUCGCCUGUCUCUUUAUAGCGGUGGUGAUUGGGAUGGCAAGGCUGCCAGCGGGAGGUGGGAAGACGUCUUCAUGGUCAGCCCACUCGGUCGCCUGGGUCGGUACGAUAUCGAGGAUGAGAAGGAGGAUUGAUGUGUGUGUUGGAUAAGGGACUGAGUGUUGGUCCCAGCAGGACUGCUGUCAGCCCAUGUUACUGAGAUGGCCAUUAAGCAUAUCCUAUCCGACUCUGUCUAGGGCGUCCGACAAGAUGGCAAUAUCGUACGGCUGGUGGAAAUUUGCACCGGUGCAAUCUAUGUGCGGAAAUCUUCAAGCUAGCUAUGCUUGCAACAGCCCAGGUACCUACGAAUUAUGAUGCGCUUCAUUCAGCUUCUUCUGGCUGCC